AAGAAAACUCGUCGGUAUCUCCGAACAUCGCGGUUCUUCGGGUGUUCUCUUCUCGGUACGCACUUGGUGAUCAGCUGAUGACGUAACGCACGGCGAGCGUAAAGAGGAGAGAAGUGUUCGUUGUGUGGCCGUGUCGGUGUUGGAGGGCGCGAGACUUGCGCGAGACGAAGUAUGGCGUAGGAUUCCCACUUUCAUUGAGCAGUGUUUCCGAGUUUGCCCCUACUUCGCGCUACCUCGCCAGUUUUUUCCCUCUCGUUUUCCCUGUUUUAGUUUUGCUAACGGUAAAUCAACGGCAGCGUGUCGGUGGGGUGCGCGUGCCACGUUGUUUCGUCGUUGGUGAGAACAGAAAGAAAAGGAAAAAAAGAGAGAACUCAUUCGUGUGCGCGGCCCUCUGCUACAGGAGUCGUGAAGCCCAGGACACCUUCGUAACCGUAACGAGCACGAGAACGGACGUGCACGUCGUUGGUGCAGGAUGAGCGUCGACGCGUACGGGCCCAGCAGCCAGACCCUGACGUUCCUCGACACCGAGGAGGCGGACUUGAUCGGCGCGGACACGCAGGGUAGCGAAUUCGACUUCACCGACUUCACGUUGCCAUCGCCAAGCCAGACCCAGGCAUCGCAGCAUGACUCUGCCCAGAGCCAGCCUAGCCAGCCUGUGCAGGUUAAUGGGACAAGCGGCAGUUCAUCUCUGGACUUGAAGAUAUCUGGUGCUGCGCAGAGCCUUGCGGAAUUACAGUUUGAGGAAGAGGAAGAAGAGGCGUACUACAAUCGUGACCUGCCAGAGCAUGCAUGUAAAUAUUGUGGCAUUCAUGAAGCGUCUUGCGUUGUUAUGUGCAAUGUCUGCCGCAAGUGGUUCUGCAACGGACGUGGAAACACAUCUGGUUCUCAUAUUAUCAAUCAUCUUGUCAGAGCCAAACACAAGGAAGUGACUUUACAUAGAGAUGGACCUUUGGGAGAGACUGUCCUCGAGUGUUACUCUUGCGCCGUUAGGAACGUUUUUGUUCUCGGUUUCAUUCCUGCGAAAGCAGACUCCGUCGUUGUGUUACUUUGCCGCCAACCGUGCGCGGCACAAAGUUCGUUGAAGGACAUGAACUGGGAUCAAGAGCAGUGGAAACCAUUGAUAGAGGAUCGGUCCUUUUUAGCUUGGUUAGUAAAAAUCCCGUCGGAGCAGGAACAGCUGCGCGCCAGACAGAUUUCGGCCCAACAGAUCAACAAGCUGGAGGAACUGUGGCGCGACAAUGUCGAUGCAACCUUUCAGGAUCUUGAGAAGCCCGGUGUCGACGAAGAACCGCAACAGGUACUCUUGCGGUACGAGGACGGAUACCAAUACCAGAAUAUAUUCGGCCCUCUCGUGAAGCUGGAAGCCGACUAUGACAAGCGUCUGAAGGAAUCCCAAACGCAAGAGAACAUUGAGGUGCGCUGGGACGUUGGGCUGAAUAAAAAGACGAUCGCUUAUUUCAUGCUGGCGAAAACGGACGGCGACAUGAAACUGAUGCACGGGGACGAGCUGAGGCUUCGUUAUCUGGGCGAGCUUCACAAACCUUGGUCAGGGAUUGGACACGUGAUUAAGAUCCCCGAUAAUUACGGGGAGGAGGUCGGGAUCGAAUUGAAGAACAAUUCUGGCGCACCGACGGAAUGCGUCAGUAACUUUGUCGUUGAUUUCAUUUGGAAAAGUACCAGCUUUGAUCGCAUGCAGUUAGCGUUGCGAAAGUUUGCUGUGGACGACACUUCCGUGUCCGGUUACAUAUAUCACAGAUUGUUGGGCCACGAGGUGGAAGAAGUCCUGUUCCGCUGCCAUCUUCCCAAACACUUCAGCGCCCCGAACUUACCGGAUUUGAAUCGUUCUCAAGUGUACGCUGUGAAACACGCCGUGCAAAGGCCCUUGUCCCUGAUCCAAGGACCACCUGGCACAGGAAAGACCGUGACCAGCGCGACAAUAGUCUACCAGCUAGUGAAGCAAAACGGUGGCCCAGUGUUGGUGUGCGCUCCCUCGAACACAGCGGUAGACCAACUGACCGAGAAGAUACACAAGUCCAACUUGAAGGUGGUGAGACUGUGCGCGAAGUCGCGCGAGGCUAUCGACUCGCCCGUCAGCUUCCUCGCGCUUCAUAAUCAGAUCAAGAACAUGGAGACGAACACCGAGCUGCAGAAACUGCAGCAGUUGAAGGACGAAACCGGAGAGUUGUCCAGCGUCGACGAGAAACGUUACAGACUGUUGAAGAAAGCGGCGGAGAAGGAACUGUUGGAGGCAGCCGAUGUGAUUUGCUGCACCUGUGUCGGUGCUGGCGACCCGAGGCUGCACAGGCUCAAGUUCCACUCGAUUCUCAUUGACGAGAGCAUGCAGGCAACCGAGCCCGAGUGCAUGGUGCCGGUCGUACUCGGAGCGAAGCAGCUGAUCCUCGUUGGCGAUCACUGUCAAUUAGGACCGGUGGUCAUGUGCAAGAAAGCCGCCAGAGCAGGCUUGUCGCAGUCGCUGUUUGAAAGACUGGUGGUACUCGGGAUCAGGCCUUUCAGACUGGAAGUACAGUACCGCAUGCACCCGGAUCUCUCGCGGUUCCCUUCCAACUUCUUCUACGAAGGUUCCCUGCAGAACGGCGUGUGCGCGGACGAGAGGAAACUGUUGAAGAUCGACUUCCCCUGGCCGGCACCCGACAAACCUAUGUUUUUCUACGUCACGCAGGGCCAGGAGGAGAUCGCCGGAAGCGGCACGUCGUACCUGAAUCGCACGGAGGCGUCGAACGUGGAGAAGAUAGCGACGAGGUUCCUCCGUUGCGGCGUGAAGCCCGAACAGAUCGGGGUGAUAACACCGUACGAGGGUCAGCGUGCCUAUCUGGUGCAGUACAUGCAGUACCAAGGGUCUCUGCACUCGAAGCUGUACCAGGAGAUCGAGGUGGCCAGCGUCGACGCGUUCCAGGGCAGAGAGAAGGACAUAAUAAUCAUGUCCUGCGUCCGAUCGAACGAACAUCAGGGCAUCGGGUUCCUGAACGAUCCCCGACGAUUGAACGUCGCGUUGACCCGUGCUAAAUACGGUAUCAUAAUUGUAGGUAACCCGAAGGUGUUGUCGAAGCAACCCCUGUGGAAUCACCUUUUGAGCUUCUACAAGGAGCAGAAGGUUCUCGUCGAGGGGCCCCUCAACAAUCUCAAAGAGUCGAUGAUCCAGUUCGCCAAGCCAAAGAAACUCGUCAAUGCGGCGAACCCGGGCUCCCACUUCAUGUCCACGUCGAUGUAUGACGCGAGGGAAGCGCUGAUCCCGGGCUCGGUGUACGACAGAUCGGGUACCCAGGUGAACGGUACGCAGAAUCACAAUCCGUACUACCAAAGGAACGUGCCGCUGGACAUAUUCAGCAGGACCCACGACACCAUCAGCUACAUCAGCCCGGAGAGGGCACAGGCCGCGAUGAACAACGUGCCUGUUCCUGUAGGCAUGUUCAUGAACAUGGCGCACGUGCCACCGCGGUUCUACAACCAGCAUCAACAGGCCUUGCAAGCCAGGCAGAAUCAACGGAAUCGCCGGGGCACCGCUCUGUCGAAGAACAAACAGGGCCCGCGAAUGGGCAAGCUGAGCCAAACCGAGCAGAAUACCCAGCCGUACAGCCAGCCGGGAUUGCCACUGACUCAAGGCACCACACAGGGAAUGUCUCAGCCAGGCUUCAGCCUGUCGCAGCCUGGUCUCAGCCAGGCGGAGCUCUCCCAAGACUCGUUCGCCGUCGGGGAGUUUCAGUCGCAGAUGGACGGCCUGUUGUCGCAGGACUCCACGUACCAAGGUGACCGUAGCGGAUUCUAUCAAUCCGGUCAGUCGCAAGCCGGGGGACAGUUCUCCCAGCCAUAUUGAGCCAAGAUCGUAUGGCUGAGCAACGCAAUUGCUAUGCAGCGUCGCGGGAGCGACUGAAGGCUCGUUCGACCAAUUUUUCUUCGACCAACAACCACAAAAAUCACUAACUGCGCAAAACGAUAAAAACGGCUCGGCGAUCGAGUACGGUACACGCACACGCAGUCGUCGGCGUUCUAAGAGGGUUUUAAAAACAGACAGGCAAAUAAAUGAAAAAGAAAAAAAAAAAGAAAAAACGAAAAAAAACGAGAAAAAAAAUACUACACACGGGGGAGAGUUUAUCGUCGCCAUUUACCGUCGAAAUGCUGAACUAUUCUAGACGGGGGAAGGAGUACGGUUUAAAGAGUUAAGGGAAAAAAAAAACCACACUGGGCAUAACAAGUACGACAAGUCAAUAAGAAGAAAAAUUUUAGAAAAGGGAUGUAAAAGAAGAAAGGAAGGAAGGAAGAAAGGAAGAAAGGGACAGGACUGUGAGACGACAUUAUCACCGAGAUUUAACAAAACACCAUCACCGUGACACGCGCUUACCGUGAACGUACCGUUUUAUCGCGGGAAUCGAGUGACGAUAGAAUUAUAUACACAGCAAAAUAAAACAAAUAAGAAAGAAAAAAAAACAUCAAAACACCAAAAAAAAAAAAAAAAAAAAAGAAAAAAAAAUUUAAUGAUAACGGAGGAAAGAAAAGAGAAAGAGAGAGAGAGAGAGGACAGAAAGGGAGGAGAGAGAGGAGAGAGGAAGAGAAAGAAAAAUUACUAUGGAUACACGUGUAAUGCUUCAUGAUUUGACCAAAUUCGACGAGUGUGCCAAUGUAGCGUUAUUAAUUAAAAAAAAGAAAAGAAGCGUAUAAUCGCUGAAGGAAUCUCUAAAACGGGAGAGUAAAGGAGAGAUGGUUCACCAUCGAGAGAAUGAGAAACAAAAGAGAAGAAAAAUGCUUGGACUCUGAUGCAAACACUUUGCGUCUUUUUUUUUCUUUUUUUUUUUCUUUUUUAAAUAUUCUGUAUGGACACUGCUACUGCCAAGAAAGGGAGGAAUCAUACUCUUCGCAAAGAUUUUACAGAACCGUGGAAAAGCAAUGUUCACCGCAGACCACUUUCGUUCACUUCCUUGUAACAUCUAUGAUUACGGAUUACAAAAAAAAAAAAAAGAGAGAACGAUUCUUGCAACGCGUUGACACGUGACAACGUCAGUAACCGAGGCAACGAUGACGGUGUAGUUGUCAUUGGCUUGUCCUUGAACCGACAGAGACCAUCAUUAUCAUGAGAGUCAAACGAAAGACGUUGCCCGAUUGAAUUUUGUCGUCAAACAGUAUGUGAGGCCGUCACUUGAGUAUCGUUUCGCGAAAGAAGGCGAAAUAUUCUUUCUCGCAAGCUUGGCGUGAUGACCGACAUUAUCACGCUGACCGAUAACGGAUUCCUAUUGAUUUCUGAUCAUGUUAAUUAGUUUCUAUUUUUUUCUGCUUAGACCAAUAUAUAUGUGUAUAUACAUAUAUUGUGUAUAUAUUUUAUUUACCGCAGGGGUCGACAGAGCACGCAAGAAUGAAAACAAAAAGCAAAAAAAAAAAGAAAAACCUAACCUAUUUGCGUUUUUUUUUUUUCUUCUUUUAUAGAACUCGCAGAUGAAUGACCAAAAAAGAUGAUAAAUCCGAUUGUGAAUACACGUUUGGAACAAUCAAGACAGUGUUUAUUAAAAGAGAGGGAGGAAGAGGUUAACGUUACAAUUCUUCGACGCAUCUUUUGAAUACGAACGAAACGUAGUUUAGAAAAAAAGAGAAAAGAAGGACAACAGAAGAACGAAAGAUCAUCUGAAUUUUGAACGACCCUUAAUUUAUAAGGAUAUAGAUAUACAUUGUUAUCUAUCAGCGUUCGAAAUAUUUUAUUCGUUCUAAGAUAUGUGAACCACUGACUGAAGCAUCAUUCUAUCUGCUGAUUCUUUUUUUUUUUUCUUUCUUUACUCUUGCACACUGCUGUGCCCUGCUGCUAUUUUUCUUUUUUUUCCCCCCUAUUUUCUGUCUAUACUAGCUUCUCGCGGUAACGUAAUUUGACAAUUAAAUACGCGUAAAUAAAUUUGAAAGAUGAGAGAAAA